AUGGAUCCAGACGCCAGUAUCCUCGAACCACCUCCCUCCGUCUACAACUAUAUCCUUUCUUUCCUCCUAGUCGGUGUAGCAUGGGGCUUUACGACACCGUUUAUCCGGCGCGCGGCGGCGGACUUUAAUGCACGACAGGAGGCGCAGCGGGAUACACAACCGGAAUCACCAGAGAAGGAGGUGCCCUUGAAAAAUCGCGGGGGAAAAAAUAAGGUUAAACAUGAUGAUACCCCAGCUGAGCACGAGGAGGAUAGUGAGCAAUCGAAUGGUCUACGCCUUCGCAAGGUACCCCGAUCACCACCAACCAAACAACCAGCAUGGAAGAAUCCCAACCCGUCCAAACAAUCCUGGCUCAAACAAAAGCUCAUCACCCUCCUCUGGACCGUCUUCAAUCUCCUACGUACACCCGCUUAUUCCAUUCCACUCGUCAUCAACCUAACCGGGAGUGUCUGGUUCUUUCUCCUUGUUGGGAAGCAUGAACUAUCCCUCACCGUUCCGCUAGCAAAUUCGAGCGCAUUCUUAUUUACAGUCCUUGGGGAAUGGUACGUGGAAAAGAAGAUGAUAGCCAAGGAGACGUGGUUGGGUAUGGGUUUGGUCCUCGGGGGGAUUGCAUUGUGUGUACAGUCAAAGCAGUAA